AUUCUAGUAGCAGAGUUUAUUAUUUUAAAGAUUUGCCUGAACCAAGAAAUGCAACUAAAGGUAAAAAAUUUUAUUUAUCAAGAUUAGUUAACAUCAUAAUAACUGGUCAUCUAUAUUUAUUUAAUAGAAGAACAAGAAGAUGGAAAAGUAUAGUAUUUAUAACAUUUGUUUUAUAGAUUAUCAUAGUAUACAAUUUGACUUUGAUUUACAAGAUGACAUGAUUACAGAAGUAAAAGAUGAAUCUAAUAAAAGAAUUUAUUUUAACGAAGGACAAGAUGAUUUAACUAUUAACCUCAAGAAAGUAAAGUUGGAUAAUAAUGAUAAUGUUAGAUGAUGAUGAAAUAUAUAAUCCCAAUUUUCAUCCAGAAGAACAAGAUGAAUUAAAAGUUUCUGA